UUGGACCAUCUGGUUGUAUCUCGUGAACGUGUCUUUUAUUCAUGUGGGUGGUGAGUGGGUGAGUUGUGUUUUACGCCGCAUGUUAUAUUUUUUUCUAAUACCCAUGUCAAAUGUCUUUUCAGAUUUUUCUUGAAACCAUGGCCAUGUGAGACGACCACUCUUCUCUUAACCUGAAGAAAAACAGAAAUGACCAAAAUACCAAACGGGAAUAUGCUAAGAAUCCUCGUGGGUCCUCGGAGCAAGAUGGAACAUAUUUUAAUUUAUGCAACUCUAUUUUUCUCCUUAUUUUCCUGUGUGUAUACAUCUGAUAUAAGCUGCCCUAAGAGAUGUGUGUGUAGGACUCGUCGAGUGCCCAAACUAGGUAAUACCUACUUCGUAAAUUGUAAGGGCAGAGCUUUCAUGAAGGUUCCAGAUCUUUCAUCUUUAAGUGAAAAUGCUCUCCCAAAACGUUUGGAUUUGUCAAGAAAUAUGCUCAUGUCCAUAUCACGGAGCGACUUCCCCAGCAAUCUGAAUGUCGCCAUGCUGUUUCUCGAAGCUAAUGACAACGUGAAGCUGCAAGAUAGUGCCCUGAUAAACCUUGCGGGGUCGCUACAGUUCUUGGGGUUACAGAGCAUCCGCCUGCAAUUCACUUCUCCCUUCACCUUCCUCAGAGGGCUCUCAAAGCUGCAGAAGUUGAUACUGAACUACAACAGCCAGAAAAAUGACGGUGUGAUUGCGCCAAACAUCUUCAAAGGUCUUGGUCUGACCGCCCUGAAGGACGUUUCCAUGUACAAUUGCCACAUUGCAGGUGUUGGGGAUAAAGCGUUUGUUGGUAUUGAGAGUCUGGAGGAGUUAGAUCUGACGUUUAACUGGUUGAAAGAGGUCCCUUCUGCCGUCAAGGAUCUGUAUAAUCUCAAGAAACUGACCCUGAGAUUGAACAACAUUAAAUCAAUAUCCAUCAAUAGCUUUAAAGGAAUGUCAAGCUUACGUGACCUUGACCUCAGUGAUAAUGGUGGCCUGAAAAUUGAAGAAGGAUCUCUCGCUGGGCUUGAGAAGAGUCUCGAGUCUCUUGCACUGAGGACAUGCGAACUGGAUGAUGUGCCCACAGCGGGGAUGUGGAGUCUCGCAGCUCUGAAGAUCUUAAACGUAGGCUACAACCCACUUGUAGACAUGUCAUCUACGUCGCUAAAAGGAUCUUACUGUCUCCAAACCCUGGACAUCAGCAAGACGCUAGUGCCCCUAGAAGCGUCCAUACUUGAACCACAGAAAAACUGCUUGGUUUCAAUAUCUAUUAACGACAGGGGUUUGACAGAAGUACCUAGAGAUUUCUUGUCCAAUUUGACCAAGCUUCAUCACGUUUCACUAAACAAAAACCGAAUAUGUGUUUUGAAAACUGAUUCACUGAAGGGAAUCGGAGCAAAUUCCUACGAUUUUUCUGAUAACUGCCUCUAUAGGAUCGAAGACAAUGUUUUUGAUGGAAAGGGUCGAGGUAUUUCGUUGGCUUUGAAACGAACCAACAUGACUGAUGUACGUUUUGUUUUACAAUAUAAAGAGAAAACAUUCCAACAGAUUUGGCUAGAAGGACUAGAUCUGAACUGCGAUUGUUCUGUGUUUGAUGCCAUGUGGGUGUCUGAACCGUGGACACUGGAAGGACAGUGUCUGCUGAACUCGGAGUCCAAGGACUUAAAGGACUAUGAGUUUAAAAAAUUCCUCCAGAACAACUGUACUGUGGAGGAGAAGAAGACAGAAACAGUAGACCAAGUAGUGACCGAAAUUAAAGAAACUAAUGGUGUGAGUAGGUUUUCUAUUAACUGGGUAGUUUUGAUAAUGUCGUUACUUUUUUUGGCAUUGUUGGCGGAAAAAUAACAUAACACGCUUUACUGAUCACAUGAGAAGAAGAGGUUAUAAACGUUAAUCAAUGCCUUUGCAACACUUAAUAUCUUGUUUCCAUGACAUACUAUCGUAUUCCAAUGGCUUUUUCUCUCUUUUCCAUGACCUACUCUCGCUUAUUUCCUCGUCCCUUAGACAUAAACUUUCCUAAACGGUAUUCCGUUGUCUCACAGCUCAAACAAAUGUUCAUUUGUGGCAUAUUAAGCCUCUCUGUCUUAUAUUUGAUCACUAAAUAUAUGACCGUUCACAUAUUUGACAUUAUUGACAGAAGAGUUUCUUUUCUUCGUUCCCCGAACAAUGUGUCAAGAAUCACUUCUUCUAGAACUGGUGUAUAGGUAAUUCGGAAAUGACAAAGUUUCGUCAACGCAUUUCCUAAAUACAUGUAUAAUGACAUAAAUUUUAUGAUUAUCUUCGGGAAAAAGAAACUAUAUCUCUUGAUUUUACAAUAUGUUUGACUUUCGAUUGAAAAUUAAGUGAGGGAA